AUUUUGAGGCAGUCGUGCCAUGCGAUGGCGAUGGGCCGCCCUGGCAUUUGGGUGGUGGACUGUAGCUUUCGUGGGCCCAGGAAACCCUGGCGGAAGAGCCCAAUCUAGAUUGACAAUGAAAGGAAGAAAGAGAAAGACCACGGCGGACAAAGUUCAGGAAGUGGAAGAUUAUCUUCGACGCAUCGGAGGUUCUGCCAAUGUCAUCGCUCUGAAGACGGUCCUCCGAGGAGUCGAUGCCAAUUUCUUGCAAAUGUACUUUGAAGUGUCUUCUGACGGCUGUGUGAAGUCCAAGAAGGGCUUCAAUAAGCAAGAGGCCAAUAUCAAGCAGUUCCUUACGAGCAAAGGCGUUGCGCCGAUCGCUGUCGUGAUGGACACGUUCCGUGUGUCCAGAAGAUGGCUGGAAUCGCAUAAAGACUUUUUUGUCAGAGAUGAGAAAGUCAAGUUGCGAGUCCGUCCAACUGUUCAACCAGAGGUUGAGAUCGUGGAUGAGCACGUGGGGCAUCUCUUCACUAUGGGUCCCACAGUAGGGUUGUCCGCUGAGAAGGAGAUUUCGCGGCUGCGGAUCUUCCUGAUGAGCCAGGUUGCACGGCUGCCACAAACUGAUCGGCGGAAUGCGUUGCGACGCUUGAAAGGCCUGUGGCACCCAGAUGUUGCUGAUCCAAGUCAUCAUGCAGUGACCAAAGAGGUCUUCAACUUCUUGUGCUCAAUUGAAGUUGGUCCAAGUGGUUUGACCAUGCCGUGACGGAAAA